UCAGUCAAAUGACCUUUCCUCCAUUGUCGUACAUCCGGGUGACUACAUACGUAACUCGGCGCAUGCUCACUCUUCCACUGUGGUUCGACCUCUGCAGUCGAGAGACCUGGGCUUUAACACCACAUUUGACCAAACCGGUUCUAUAGACCUCAUACAAAAAUGUACGCCUGUGCAAAGUUCGUUUCCACGCCGGCUGUGGUCCGUGCUGCUUCCCGGGCUCUUUACAGACCCCUGUCUGCCUCUGUGCUGUCCAGGCCUGAGGUCAAGUCAGAGAACACUGUAGCUCUGCUGCCACAGAGCCCCCUCACCCAGGUCUCAUUGAGGAGCAUCCAGACCAGUGCUGUCAGCAGGGACAUUGACACUGCUGCCAAGUUUAUUGGUGCUGGAGCUGCCACCGUUGGAGUUGCUGGGUCUGGUGCUGGAAUCGGAACAGUGUUCGGAAGCCUCAUCAUCGGAUAUGCAAGGAACCCAUCUCUGAAGCAGCAGCUGUUCUCAUAUGCCAUCCUGGGAUUUGCCCUGUCUGAAGCUAUGGGACUGUUCUGUUUGAUGGUUGCUUUCCUUAUCCUGUUUGCUAUGUAAAAUAUCUGUCAUACGACACACUCGUUCCAGAUGUGACUACAUAUUUUAUUGUGGCUAUCAAAAUUGUUCCGUGUUCGUCUCAUGGAAAUGUACAUUUUCACGUCUCUCAGAUGCUGUCAAAAGAAACAAAGCAUGUAUUGUACAAAUGUAAGAAAUUGCAUAAUUAAAAUACAUGUAUUUGACUAUUUAACGAUUGUAACUUCUAUGUCUGGAAUUACGUACUUGCACAAGCAGAGGCCUUGUGGUUGAAGUAAUGUUUUUUUCCCAGUGAAGCAGCUUUACAUUGCAUCAGUAUCAUUUUUAACAGAUCAUCAUGUGCAAGCCUUGGGGUCCACUUUUAAAAGAUUUUGGUUCAGCUGCAGUAAAUAGUGUGUAAUUAGACAGCAAGUGAGUGCUUGCUUUUGUAAAUUGCUUGAAUAAAUCUAGACAAUUUAAUUCA